GUGCGAGGCAUCAUCAUCAAGACUAUCAAACGGCAAAAUCGCAGUGCUGGAAGCUGCAGCAGGCUCACCUUUCUUCGUUUUCGAUAAUUGGAAAAUUAAUAAAUUAUAAGAAUGGCUGAAGAGAUCUUGGAUCAGCUUCGGGACCUUGUUGAAGGCGCAAUUGACUUCGAGGGUCAACGUCGAGUAGAAGGCCUAGCGACUAUUUUAUUGGCUCUAUCGGGAAUUGUCGCUUUCAACAUCGGAUACACACUUCAGGACAUUAAGCUGGCACUAUACGUUGCGUUGGGAGGAACUGCAUUGACAUUUCUAAUUACAGUACCGCCGUGGCCCUUUUACAAGCAAAAGCCGGUCAAAUGGCUACCAGCUGGGUCCGGGAUGAUGGGAGGCAUCUACGCCCCAACAAGUUCAUAGCUCCUUUUUAAUGAUACCUGUCUAGCCCGUUGCCUUGAUGCGCCGUGCCUUAAAUACUUCAAGCAGCCAGCCAGUAAUUCCAGUGUUUCGUUUCUAUUCAUAUGUUCAUUAUCUGCUCAUCGACCAUACUUCUGGAACUCCCAGUCUCGGUUAUCGAGGGGACAAACGGAUCGGGCCUUCAGCCAUCGCGAAAUGCAGUGGAAGUGGAAAGCAUGCUAAAUUUGUUUAGCGUUAGAUAUGUCGCAUAGAUUGUGCAUUGGAUACUUACGUUGCAUAUGCCCCAGGCUACUGUACACUCUUCGCUCGUGGCUGAUGCUUGGUUCGCUUGGCACUCGAUACCUGCUAUCGUAUUAGUCUCUGCAUAGGCGACGGAAACAGGUUAACAAACAUAAGUCCAUAAUGUGAUUUCUGCAAAUGGCGCAAUUGUCGACCACGAUAUCCCAAGCCCAUAGGGCAACAGCAUUCCACUAGGAUUGUUAGCAGCCAUAAGGGUACAUUCGAUGCGUGAUGCUAACCUUCUUGACUUCAAACUUUUUCUUGCUCUCAAUAGCCUUGCUGGAGCCCGCAGGCGCAUCGCUCAUGACUACGUCAGCCAUCUCCGCCUAUUGUAUCUACCCGUGUAGUAUUGCACGGGUCUUCACGUUGAUGUUGCCUUGGCUCUGCUGGUCGUCUGAUCGCUAUCGGCAGAAUCGGUAUUCUAGCAGGUAUCGGUUCGUUGGGAAUUGGUGAAGGGACACAAGCUUUGUAAUAACAAUAUAUGGCUUUUAUACAGCUUUGACUCCUCGUCGACUUUUUAUUUGUGAAUGCAAAGACUAGGGGAGGAAGUUGGUAGGUCUAGGUUCUUGUCACAGCACUGGUGAAAGGCUGCUGGAGCCUAGAGGUGCUUCCAUACCUU